UUGUGUCAGUGAAAAUUCUUGCGUCUCCAUGCCCAGUACUUCUCUUUUGUGAUACCCAUCAGUUGGACUGUUCCUUGCUGCAGACUAUCUCCCCUAUUGCAUACCUAUAUCCUUCACUUCAUAUCAAGCAACGGAACUCUCCACACCACCAUAUAGAUCACCAUGGCUAAUAACCACCCCCAAGAGCCAAUCGCCAUCAUCGGCAGUGGCUGUCGAUUCCCAGGUGAGGCCACCUCCCCCUCAAAACUAUGGGAUCUGCUCCGGACACCACGCGAUGUCCUGUGCAAGAUUGAUCGCUUCAGUGCCGACGGCUUCUACAACGCCGACGGCCACCACCACGGCUCCAGCAAUGUCCUGCACUCCUACCAGCUCACCCAAGACACACGCGCCUUCGACGCACAGUUCUUCAACAUCCCCGCCUCCGAAGCCGAGUCCAUGGACCCGCAGCAGCGCUUCCUCAUGGAAGUGGUGUACGAGGCCCUGGAGUCCGGCGCCAUGACGAUCGAGGACCUCGCCGGCUCUCCGACGGCUGUCUAUGUCGGCGUGAUGUGCAAUGAUUAUGCGCAUAUCACUUAUGCGGAUCUAGAGUCUGUCCCGAAGAAUGCUGCUACGGGGUCCGCGCUGAGUAUUCUCUCGAACCGCAUCUCUUACUUCUUUAACUGGACGGGUCCGUCAAUGACGAUUGAUACGGCUUGCUCGAGUAGUUUGGUUGCCCUGCAUCAUGCUGUGCAGACUCUGCGCGAGGGCUCGUCCAAGGUUGCUGUGGCGGCUGGCACGAAUCUGAUCUUCACUCCAACAAACUACAUCGCAGAGAGCAACGUCAACAUGCUCUCGCCAACAGGACGAUCUCGCAUGUGGGACGCCAACGCCGACGGCUACGCUCGCGGCGAGGGUGUUGCAGCCGUCGUACUCAAGAAGCUGAGCCAGGCGAUUUCAGACGGCGAUCACAUUGAGAGUGUAAUCCGGGAGACUGGCCUGAACCAGGACGGGCGAACGACCGGUAUCACCAUGCCCAGCAGCACGGCGCAGGCGGCGCUCAUCCGCUCGACGUAUGCGCGGGCUGGCCUUGAUCUAACGAAAGAGUCUGACAGGCCACAGUUUUUUGAAGCUCACGGAACUGGGACUAAGGCUGGUGAUCCUGAGGAGGCCAGGGCCAUCUACAAUGCGUACUUCGGGAGUGAAGACACCAAGGACUCUGACUCGCUGUAUGUCGGGUCAAUAAAGACUAUUAUCGGACACACGGAGGGCACGGCUGGUCUCGCUGGUCUGCUCAAGGCGUCGCUGGCGGUGCAGAACAGGACGCUGCCUCCUAACAUGCACUUCGAGAGCCUGAAUCCUGAUAUCCAGCCGUAUUAUGGCAAGCUCCAGAUCCUGACCAGCCCGAAACCUUGGCCUGCUCUUGCCCGAGGCGUUCCUCGGCGUGUCAGUGUUAAUAGUUUUGGGUUCGGUGGUGCCAAUGCACACGCAAUUGUGGAAAGCUACACGCCGUCGAAUACGAAUAUCGUCGAACCCAACCCCAGAAGCGAGACUGCAGUCCCAUUCACGUUCUCCGGGUACUCCGAAAAGGCCGUGAUGGCCCAAUUGACGAGUUUCCUGGAAUAUCUCGAGAACAGCCCCAAGCCACGACUGCGAGAUAGCGCAUGGACUCUAUCCCGGCGAUCGGCAUUUGCAAUCCGCACAACGGUCUCCGGCAGUAGCAGCGUCGAGAGACUGCGAGAGAAACUGCAAGCCAAGAUCGAUAGCAAAAAAGACGGCAAGGCCCUUGGGAUCCGGGCCUCAGCGAAGAACGCGAAGAUCCUCGGUGUCUUCACUGGGCAGGGCGCCCAGUGGCCGAAGAUGGGGCUGGGACUUGUCAAGACCUCGCCCAUUGCCAGAAGGAUCUUUGCUCAGCUGGAGAACUCGCUGGCUGAGCUUUCCACCGAGGACAGACCGUCGUGGUCGCUGGUGCAGGAGCUGGAAAGGGAGGCGGAUGAGUCUCGCGUUAUGGAGGGCGAGUUCUCCCAGGUCCUGUGCACAGCUGUCCAGGUGAUGUUGGUCGACCUUCUAUCCUACUCUGGGGUAAAAUUUGAUGCUGUCGUCGGCCACUCGAGUGGUGAGAUCGGUGCUGCGUAUGCUGCUGGCUAUCUCAGCGCCAGGGAUGCAAUCCGGGUUGCAUAUUAUCGGGGGAAGUUUGGCAGACUGGCUCGCGGACGAGACGGAGUUUCAGGAGGAAUGCUCGCUGCUGGGACUGACAUUGCCGAUGCAAAGGAACUGUGCGAGUUAGAGGCCUUCGAGGGCCGUCUCCAGGUCGCUGCCAGCAAUUCGUCGUCCAGUGUCACUCUGUCUGGUGAUGCAGAGGCCGUCCGUGAGGCACAGUUUAUAUUGGAAGACGAGAAGAAGUUUGCGCGUCUGCUCAAGGUUGAUACCGCGUAUCAUUCGUACCACAUGCAGCCAUGUGCCGAGCCCUAUGUUGAUGCCAUGAAGGGGGCUGGCGUUCAGGCCCUGAACCCCCAGUGCGAGACUCGCUGGUUCUCGUCCGUCCUGGAGGGCGAGGAAGUCGGCCCUGAGAUGGCUGACUCUCUGGCAAACACCUACUGGCGUGACAAUCUGCUGCAGCCUGUCAUGUUCUCGCAGGCGCUGGAACAAGCCAUCUCCAGCACGCCUGAUAUCGGUCUUGUGCUGGAGGUUGGACCGCAUGCUGCACUGAAAGGUCCUGCGUCGCUGACCAUCAACGACAAGCUCGGCCGCGAGAUCCCAUACAGCGGCGUCUUAAGCCGCAAUGCAGACGAUGUCGAGUCAUUCUCCGAUGGAAUCGGCACCGUCUGGGCCAGUAUGCCCCGUCCGGUGGUCGACUUCUCACGAGUCGAUGCCCUACUAUCUGCUGGCCCCGAAGACCUGCCACAGCUCUGCGAGAGCGUCCCCAGAUACUCGUGGGACCAUUCCAGGAAGUACUGGAUGGAGUCGAGAUCAUCUGCUGCGCUCCGUCUGCGCCCUGCUGCACACCAUGAACUGCUUGGUGUGCGCGCCGACAGCCUUGACCGCGAGUACCGAUGGCGCAACUUCAUCAAGCCCAGCCAGCUAUCGUGGACUCGCGGACACCAGGUGCAAUCGCAGCUGAUCUUCCCGGGAGCGGGAUUCUCUAUUAUGGCCCUCGAGGCCGCCAAAGUCCUCGCUCCGGCCGAGGAGAUUGCAAUGGUCGAGCUGAUGGACGUGCAGGUCCUGCGGGCCAUGGCCUUCCAGGACGAGAACGCCUCGGUGGAGGUUGUCUGCUCGCUGAUGAAUGUCGUCGAGGACUCUGACCAGUCCUCUAUCACAGCAGACUUUGCCUGUGACAUCUGUCUGUCCAAGGAGUCUGGGUUCGUCAUGGCUUCUUGUGCAACUGUUCGUCUCCAGCUGGGAGAGCCCUCCCCUCAGGCCCUCCCUGAACGAAACGCCUGCACGGUGCGCAUGAACGAUGUCGAUAUCGACCAUUUCUACAGCACCCUCUGGGGGCUGGGUUAUAACUAUACCGAUAUGUUCCGCUCGAUUACCUCGUUGCAGCGCACAACCGAUGCUGCACAGGGCAUUAUCCACACUGAGCUGCCCCCAGAUUACACCACCUCCCUGACAUUCCACCCCUCGACUCUCGACGUCGCUUUCCAGGGUAUCUUCGGAGCCAUGGGCGCACCCGGAGACGGCCGGCUCUGGACCGUCCUCGUCCCAACACGCAUCAAGAGAAUCACAAUAAACCCCAGCGUCUGCGCCCAGAACGCGGGUCUGGGCGUUGACAUGCCCUUCGAUGCCAAUGUGUCCGUGUCCCCCGUCGACGGCGUCGCAGGGGACGUCGAUAUCUUCGACUCCACAGGAAUCAACAAGAUAGUCCAAGUCGAGGGUCUGCAGGUCUCCCCGCUGGCACCUGUAACGUCCAGCGACGACCGCGAGGUCUUCUCCGACACGAUCUGGAACUACCAGGAUCCUGACGCGGCUCGCGGCGUUGCGGAGUGGACGCUGACGGACGAGGAGUGGGAGCAUGCACGGUAUGUGGAGCGGGCGUGCUUCUUCUAUCUGAAGCAGCUGCAGGAGACUAUCACGGCGGAGGAGAGAGAGCGCUGUGACUGGCAUCCGAGGAAGAUGCUGGACUGGGCGACGGAGGUUGUGGGUGUUGUGUCGCGAGGGGAGCAUCCCAUUAUUCGGAGGGAGUGGAUGAACGAUACAUGGGAGAUGCUGAAGGGGCCGUUGGAUGAACUUACUGCCAAGUAUGAGGACUUUGAGAGCCUCACUCAUGUGGGAAAGAACCUCAUUCCGUUCGUCAGGGGCGAGUUCUCCCUCCUCGAGCUGGUGCGUGAUGGAGGCCUGCUCGAACACAUCUAUAGGAAUACGUACGCUUUUUCUGAGUAUAACAGCUAUCUCGGCAAUCUGGUGAAGCAGCUCUCGCACCGAUUCCCACGCAUGGAUAUCUUUGAAAUUGGUGCUGGAACUGGGAGUACCACGGAGGCAGUCUUAAGCAAGAUUGGGGAUCAGUACUCCUCCUACACGUAUACCGACAUCUCGGCCGGUUUCUUCCUCAAGGCACAGGACAUGUUCAAGGAGCACACGGGCAAGAUGGUCUACAAGACUUACGAUGCUGAAAAGGCGCCCAACCAGCAGGGGUAUACCGAACGCACCUACGACCUGGUCAUCGCAUCCAACGUGCUACACGCCACGCACUCGUUGGAAACCACCCUGGCCAAUGCACGAAAGCUCCUCAAGCCCGGUGGCUACUUGGUCAUGCUGGAAGUCACCGACGUGCAGCCUCUCCGGCCGACAUUCUUCUUUGGGUGUCUGCCUGGAUGGUGGGUGGGUGAGAACGACGGCCGUCCUCAUCACCCUCUGGUCACCAAGGAGCGCUGGGGUGAGCUCUUCAGUGCGACUGGCUUCUCGGGGCUCGAUACCUCAACGCCGUCGCAUGAUGUCUUCAUGGCCCCUUUCUCGGUCAUGCUGACCCAGGCUGUUGACAAGCAGAUGAGCCUGAUCCGCCAGCCGUUGCAGGAAGACAGCAAGAUCAAGAUCGACAACCUCUUGAUCCUGGGAGGCGUGGGAUUCACCACUUACGCAUUGAUUGAGAGCGUCAAGGACCAGCUGGAGCCAUUCGUCAACGAGAUCACAAUCGUUGAUACCGUCGAGGCUCUGCAAGAAUCACACUUCCAUCCGCGCCAGAUGCUGCUGAGCCUGGUCGAGCUCGACGCGCCAGUAUUCUCGCCUUUAACGCCCGAGAGAUUCGCAGGAUUACAGAUGCUUACAGAGAAAUGCCGGAACGUCCUGUGGGUCGUGCAGGGCGCUUCAGGCGAGCAGCCCUACGCCAACAUGAUGAACGGCGUGGCGCGCUGUCUGGUUGGUGAACAGCCCGAUAUGCGCUUCCAGUUCCUUGACUUUGACGUUGCCGACACCCUCGACGCGGAUCUCAUCGUCCGGACUCUGCUGCGUCUGCAGGUCUCAGAUGCCUGGCAUACCCUCAUCGAACCGUAUCGGCCAGUUUGGACUCUCGAGCGUGAAGUCCGCAUCAUUCAGGGACAACCCCGGAUCCCCAGAUAUCGUCCCAGCGAGCGCCGUAACCUGCAGUACAACUCAUGGCGCCGGACCAUUCGAGAAGCCGUGGAUCCUACCGGAAGGCCUGUUAUUCUCACUCAUGCAAACUCGCUGUUCGAUUUGGAGGAGAAUACAGCACCGAAGGCGGUUGAAGCAGGUCAGUUGGCCAUCAACGUGUCUCGGUCGUCGACCAAGGCCGUUGAGAUUGAAGGUGUUGGGCACCUGUACAUUGUAACUGGAGAUAUAUCUCAGUCAGGACAGCGAGUCCUCGCUUUCUCUCAUCAAAAUGGCUCCCAAGUCCAGAUCCCCAAAGACUGGGUCGCCAACAUCGCAAUACCGGCCUCUGAAGAGCAUGCUCUAAUCCAGACAGCUGCAGAUGUGUGCUUGGGCACGUCGAUUCUCAACCGUACGCCUGAAAAUGGCUGCAUCUUAGUCCAUGAAGCCAGUGAAGGACUGACUCGGACUCUGCUUGCCCUAACGUCCACAGAGCCCAGCCGGGUCGUCUUCACCACGACCAACCGUGUAAAGCUUGACUCCGGCUUGCCCUUCUCGUUCAUUCACCCAUCCAGCCCGGAGACUUCCAUCGCUCGUCGCGUUCCAGCGGAUGUUGCAGCCUUCGUGGAUGCAUCUUUGGGAGGAGCAAAGGGACAGACCCUUGGAGCCCGUCUUGCUCGGCAUAUCUCCUCCACUCAGGGCAGGAUCAUCUCUGUUGAUGGAUUCUAUAGUCCUGCUUCCCAGCAAUGGGGUACUGUUGCGAAGGACAGCCUGUCAGCUCUUCUGCAGAAGACAACAGACGUGUUUGCGCGCGUUGACCACGAAGACUCUCCCAAGGAGCUCUCUCUGGAUGAAGUGAUUGGCGCCUCCUCAGCACGAAAGGAGAUUGAGGUCGUGAACUGGAAGAGCCAGGACAAGGCCCAAGUGAAGCUCUCGCCCGUCCAGGAUGAGGUCACCUUCAGAGGAGACCGCACAUAUCUAUUAGUCGGCCUUACAGGAGAACUGGGCAGGUCAUUGUGCCGCUGGAUGGUACAGCGUGGUGCACGCCAUCUCGUUCUCACCAGUCGCAAGCCGGACGUCGAGCAGGCAUGGUUUGAUCUCAUGGCCUCGUACGGCGCUGAAGUCCAUGUCAUGGCGAUGGAUGCCACCGACCGCAAGUCUACAUACAACGUCGUACAAAGGAUACGGAAGACUCUACCCCCUGUUGCAGGCGUUGGAAAUGGAGCCAUGAUCCUCAAUGACGGCCUCUUCAACGUCAUCUCGCACAAGGACUUCGACCAGACUCUGCGCCCAAAAGUGGAUGGCACGAUCUAUCUCAACGAGCUCUUCAAUGCCCCGGACUUGGACUUCUUCAUCGUCUUCUCGUCUCUGGCCUACGUGACUGGGAACUUCGGCCAGACCAGCUACGCCGCUGCCAACGGAUUCAUGGCGAGUCUGGUCGAGGGCCGCCAGAAGCGCGGCCUGGUGGGCAGUGUGAUGAACCUUGCUGGUAUAUUUGGUCUGGGAUACAUCACUCGUACGGACCGCACGAUCCUGGAGCGUCUUGGGAGACUGGGGUAUGCCAAUAUCUCCGAAUAUGACUUCCACCAGUUCUUUGCCGAGGCUGUGCUGGCUGGCAUUCCUGGUUCUGGACGCUGCCUUGAGGUCUCGUCGGCUCUUCGUCCUAUUGACCCUGAGAAAGAGCCAAACCCCCCUGCCUGGCUGGAUAUGCCGCGUCUAUCUCAUUACCGCCAGGCUAGGGCUGCAACCGCUGAGGGAGGUGACUCCAAGACCAUGUCGGUGCGGUCUCAGUUGAAGGAGCAGACGACCAUGGAGGAUGUUCAGAAGGUUCUCACCAGUAAGUCACAUAAUUCUAUUCUGUCCGAAGCGAUACUGACUCUAUUAGAUGGCUUGAUAUCAACCUUAUACAAGCAGCUUGGUCUCGAUCCUAACGACGAUUCUAUCUCCCCCGACACCAGCCUUGUCGAGCUUGGUAUCGACUCACUCGUGGCUGUCGAUAUGCGCGUGUGGUUUACCAAGGAACUCGACCUUGACAUGCCGGUUCUGAAACUGCUCGGUGGUGCCACAGUUGCCGCCAUGGUCGAGGAUACCAUGGAGCGCAUGUCCCCAGACCUGAUCCCCAAGGUUGCGAAGAAGGAUGUUUCACCAGCCGAUGCCGGUGCGACUGCCGAGAUUCCCACGGUUGAAGUUUCUACAGCAGAUGGCGAAGGUGAGGGCGAGCAAGAGAACAGCGCAGAGUUGGAUGAAACUUCUUCCUCCAACGACGAGCCCAGCUCAACUGAGCAGCCCUCGUCUUCCGAGGCCACUCCGCCUCCAAGUUCCAUUGCUUCAGAGUCAGACGACCUGGUCAAAGUCGAGAAGCCUGCCUCGGUGGCCUCCAUUGACUCGCCCAAGUAUGUGCGAAAGGUUAAGAUGGGAUAUGGCUCUGUCCAGUUCUUCUUCCUCGUGAAACACCUCGACGAUCCAACGGUUCUCAACAUGCAAUUCCGCCUCCCACUCCAAGGAAGGAUCAAGAUCCCUGAUUUGAAAUAUGCUGUGAAACAGCUUGGCCAGAGACAUGAAGCCUUGCGGACGGCCUUCUUCGUGGACACCGAGAACGACGAUGAGCCCACCCAGGGCGUUUUGGAGAUAUCGCCUCUGCAGCUGGAAACCGUGCAGGUUGCAGAUACUGACGAAGCCCGGCGAGUAUGCGAGGACGUUGGUAAUUACGUGUUUGAUAUUGAGUCUGGCGAGACCAUCCGCAUCCUGCUGCUGACCAUGAGCCCUACCUCACACUGGUUGGUGCUCGCCUUCCACCACAUCAGCAUCGACGGCUUCAGCUUCAACGUCUUGCUGGACGAGAUCAAUGCUUUGUACCAGGGCCAGCGUCUCCCAGCAGUGACAACCCAGUUCACCGACGUCAUGGCAAAACAGCGUGAAGAGCUGCAGACUGGAGGCAGACGUUCCGAGUUAGAGUACUGGCGACGAGCCCUAGGCCGGAUCCCCGAUCCCAUACCCCUGUUCCCCGUCGCAAAGGUCAGCUCUCGACUGCCAGUGACGAGAUAUCACUUCGAGGAGGCUCCCAUGGCUUCAAUAGACGCCGCCACUGCAGAACAAAUCCGCAAGCAGUGCCGAACCCUCAAGGCAACCCGGUUCCACUUCUUCAUGACCGUCCUGCGCGUCUUCCUCUUCGCUUUCUUGGACACGGACGAGCUCUGCAUCGGCUUUGCAGAUGCCAGUCGUGCGGACCCCAGCGUGUCCCGGACCAUCGGGUACCUGGUGAACAUGCUCUCCCUCAAAUUUGAAAGAAAACCCACACAGACCUUUGCGCAGAAGGUCGAGGAGGCUCGCACGCAGUCGUAUGCGGCCCUUGCGAACUCGACCGUGCCCUUCAAUGCACUCCUGGAGAAGCUCGAAGCACCGCGCUCGGCGGCGUAUACGCCCGUUUUCCAGGUCUUUAUGGACUAUCUCCAGCAUAAGUUCACGGCCCCCAAGGGUCUUGGGGUUGUGGAGGACGAGGUCUAUGCCCAUCUGACGCACAAUUUCUUCGACCUUGCUGUGGAUAUCAACGAUGUGUCUGCGAGCGAGAUCCUUGUUCGGUUCCGGAUGCAGCAGUAUCUCUACUCUCAGGAGAGCGUUGCUCUUCUAUUGAAGAGUUAUGUGCAGCUCGUGAAGCUGUGUGCCUAUAUGGAACCGAACAAGCCUGUUGGCGAGCCUGCUCUCUAUGAUUCCCUUGAUAUUGACCGCGCUGUUUCCGUUGGACAGGGGCCUGCUGUUGAUUCCAAGUGGCCGUCCACCCCCAUCCAGCGCAUCUUGGAUGUGGCCAAAGCGAACCCAGAAGUUACUGCUCUUGUUGACGGAGAAGGAGCAGACUUAAGCUAUACAGGAAUGGUUGAUCGUGCUCGUUCAAUUGCUUCCUCUCUCCUCGAAGCAGGAGUAGUCGCCGGUAACAUCGUGGGCGUAUAUCAGGAGCCCACAGCCGACUCCAUCUCCUCUCUUCUGGCAAUCUGGUUGAUUGGGGCUAUUUACCUACCACUUGACAGACGCGUGCCUUGCUCACGCCUGUCUCGCCUUGUUAACGACAGCCAACCUUCUGCUAUUCUUUGCCACGAACAGACUGCCUCCGAUGUCCCUCGGCUAGAGGCUGCUCCCCAGACUGCCAUCGUAGCUGUCCCUGCCAGUGGGAUAAAGAAUGAAACGGCGCUUCCCUCCAUUUCUGGCAACGGAAACGAGACCAGUAUCAUUCUCUACACCAGCGGGUCAACCGGUGUCCCCAAAGGCCUCCCUAUCCGACAUAUCAGUCUUGUGAACCAGGUCGAGGCUAUGACAGCCACCUUUGGCGUUGGAGCCGAGAGGGUCCUGCAGCAGAGUGCGCCCAGCUUCGAUGUCUCCAUGCAGCAGAUCCUCAUGGCUCUUUGCAACGGGGGAACUCUCUACGUGGUUCCAGGAGAAAUACGUCUCGAUCCCCUCGCAAUCACCAGGCUCGUCCAGUCUGAAAGGAUCACUUGGGUUCAUGCAACUCCCUCCGAGUACACGCAGUGGCUCCGUCACGGAUCGAACCACCUCAGCGCCGCGAAGGAUCUGAAGUUCGCCUUUUCUUCCGGUGAAGCUCUCUCCAACGCACUGGUCAGGGACUUUGGAUUGCUCCGCAGGCCGGAUGUCAAGCUGGUCAAUGUGUACGGUCCUGCUGAAGCUGGUGUCAUUACCGGUACUGAAAUCGAUCCCACCGCUGCGCCUGCGUUUUUGGAUGCUGGAGCCCCUGCUGUCCCUCUUGGAUAUCCACUGGCGAACAUGGCAGUCUACGUCGUUGACCGCAACCUCCGACCUGUCCCUGUCGGAGUCAGUGGGGAGAUUGUUGUUGCCGGCGCUGGCAACAUCGCAGGCUAUCUCAACCGCUCUGAGCUGACUGCAAAAGCCUUCCUCCCUGACGCCAUCACGCCUGCCAACCACUAUCCCGGCCAGCUGGCCACUCUCUAUCGAACCGGUGAUCUUGGGCGUUACAGCGCCGGCGGACAUCUGCACUACGAAGGCCGCAUGGCAGGCGACACCCAGAUCAAGCUCAACGGCAUCCGCAUCGACCUGAAAGACGUAGAAGCCUCAAUCAUUGAAACCGCGGGUGGCGAGAUCGUGAACGCCAUCGUCACCGACCACCACAAUCCAGACUUCCUGGUCGCGCAUGUCGAGCUCAAGGCCGACUUCCCUGAGGCCGAUGGCAAGGAAUUCUUGACCUACAUCCAGCAGCGUCUCCCAUUGCCCAAGUACAUGUGCCCUGCUAUGUUUAUCCCCCUCGACAACAUGCCUCUCAGCUCCCACGGCAAGCUGGAUCGCCGGGCAAUUGCUGAACGUCCUUUGCCUACUGUCGACGGUGAUGCUCAACAGAGCGAUGCGGAUCUCAGCGAGACCGAGUUGGCCCUGAGAGAACUCUGGGCUGGCUGUCUUCCGGAGGACGUCAUCAAAGUGACCAGUAUCACCGCUACCACCGACUUCUUUCAUCUAGGCGGCAACUCGUACCUGCUCGUGCGCCUGCAGCGGCUCAUCCGGGACCGAUUCAACGUAUCUGUCCCAGUUAUGACGCUCUACGACGCCAGCACAUUGAUUUCCAUGGCUCUCAAGAUCAAGAACAGCGAGUCUCUCGCCGUGAUCGACUGGGAUGCUGAAACCGUGCCGCAGAACGUUGCGUCUGGAUCAUCCUCCUCCUCCUCUGCACCCCGCAAGACGUCUGAUCUCACUGUCGUCCUAACCGGAGCCACCGGCUACCUAGGGUCCCGCAUCAUGAAAGCCCUCGUUGCAGAUAAGCAGGUCUCCAAGAUCCACUGCGUCGCUAUCCGGGGUCACUCUGCUGAGACACCGCGCGAGAUUCUGAUGCAGAACAGCUCCGACAAACUCGUCCUGCACGGCGGUUACCUCGAUGAACCAUUCCUCGGAUUAUCCGAGGCUGAAUUCAAGUCCAUCGGCCGCGAAGCAGAUAUUGUGAUUCACAGCGGCGCUAACCGUUCGUUCUGGGACCACUACGACAAACUGCGCGGCCCUAACGUCGAGUCAACCAAGACUCUAGCGAAUCUGGCAUUGCAAAAUAAUGCUCCGCUGCACUUCAUCUCUAGCGGCGGAGUGCAUCUUCUUCGCUCGAGUGGCAGUACCAAUGAGACAGAGACAGAGUAUAGCACGGCGGAGUCGCUGGCCUCGUCGCCCCCUCCCACCGAUGGCUCCAACGGCUACAUCGCAUCGAAAUGGGCAUCGGAGGUAUAUCUGGAAAACUUCAGCAAGGCAACAAACCUACCUGUGCAUGUCCAUCGUCUCACCCCAGCAGCAGAGGUAACGCCCGAAGCACCACUCGAGCUCCUCGAGGAGAUGUCCGCGCUCGCAGAGAAGCUGCAAGCCCUCCCAAGUCCCAGUGGGUGGACGGGGACGUUUGAUCUGACGCCUGCCGAUGCAUUGGGUGCUGAUAUUUCCGGUGCUGUGCUUGCUGGGCAGAAUGAGGUGCGGCUGCAAUUCAUUCACCAUCCAGCCCAGGUGAAGAUGACUAUGGAGCAUGUGGCCAAGUAUCUCGAUAUGCUUCCUGCGGCGGCGGACUUCCAGCGUUUGCCGCCAUUGCAGUGGGCUGGGAGGGCGAAGAGAGAGGGGCUGAGUUGGCAUUUCUCGAGUACGGAUUUUAUUACGAUGGGUGGUGUUAGUGGGUUGGAGUUGAGAAGAUAAAUGUUUAGAUCUUGUUGUGGUGUUGGUUCAUUCUUCAUGUCUAUAAUGUAUAUAUAUUUGCGAGUAAUUGG